CACGGAAGUGCUUUCUAUGGAGCCGACGAUCGCGGCUUCUGUUUGAAGGGUAGACGAUGGCUACCUCGUCAAUCAGCAUUGCCCUUACACCAGCCUCCGCUUGCCCGCAUGCACAUCCACGUCGAUACCCACAUCGACGGCAGGGUUCAUCCACGAUAUCCUUGCACCGCCGCUCCUUCUCCUUGCUAGCGUCAACAAACCGCUCCAACCCUGACGUACCGUACCAGGUCCUGCGUGUGACGGACACCUACGAGCUGCGUAUUUACGCCGCGUACUACGUUGCAUGCGCCCCUUAUAGCAAUCGUGAGCAAGGUAUCGCAUCAUUAAUGGGAUAUUUAGAGGGCGGGAACGAACGCGGUACAACCUUUCGGGCUACGCAGCCGCUUGUCAUGCGCUACGUGCAAAAUCCAGAAGACAAAAAUAGCGUUGGGAUAUCCUCUAAGACGAUGGAGUUGAGCCUCGGUAAAGGCGUCAACAACCCGCCUUUGUCAAACCAAGAAAAUGUUACUGUCAGAAUUGCGGGUGGUGAGCUCCUUGCGGUGGUGCCUUUCACAGGCAUCGCUACCCCGGAGCUGACUGCGCGUUGGAGAGAAUCUCUAACAAGUGCGUUGAUCGCCGAUGGUAUAACGCUAGCAGAGCCAGGUGCCUUUCGGCUGGCAACGUAUGGGCAGCUUUAUUCGCUCAAACCGCGGUUGAACGAGUUGAUCCUACAUGUGAAACUGCCAAAUUUGUGAUGACAGAUUGUUCUUUGGGAUUUGGAACCCAUACACGGAGGGUGUUGAUGCCUUGUGACAGGAUGAGUUAGAAUGCACUGCACUGCACAUGACAACAAACGUACCUUCGAAGGUACACGACGUGUGGGAACAUCCAUAAUUCUGGAAGUACCAGGAAAUUUUCCGCAGGUACAACGAAAUAUGAAGGUGCCGUGAACAAUACAGUCCACUGUAUACACCUACUGUAUGGCUUACCUUUGAAAAUACUUCCGGAAGUUCCUCCGUACACGUUUUCAGGAGGUCAAUCGCCUCUGAGCAAUUUUCUCCGUCAUUUCCAGAUCGUGUGCUAGCUCGUUUCUAUUUCAAUGAGAUCGAAUCGAGCGUACGACGUCAUCGUAGUACGAACUGGAUUCAAACGAAAGGUAAAACCUGACGUGGCGAUUUGACCUUGGAGUGGCUAAUGUACUCGUAGAAAGUCUCUUAUCUUAGUCUACAAGUACGUGUACAGUAUUUCCGGAAGUACUUCCAUAUGAUAUUGUUUUUAGCCCUAUGAAUACACGUGUACUCGUGUAGGGUUAGAUAGCGUUUUAUACUUCUGUAUGUACUUCCGCAAACCAUAGACUAUGGUAACAUAUUAAGAAUAUCUAGUAGACGACGAACAAGCGAGUGCUGCAGAAGAAUAAAGAGAUUGUACUUGACGUGUUGGCGGGCAGGGAAGUGGACAAGGACGCAAAUGCGGGCAUGGAUAGAACGCGUCAACUGAUGGGCACUGCUCGACUUUCAAUUUUCUGAAUGAAGUUGAAGUGCUCAUGAAUCAGCCCGAGUAGUCCCAGUUGUAGUAUGAUACUUCCGUAUUUUAUUAUUUAUUUAUUCAUUUCUUG